UUCGAACUUAUCCUCAUAAUCUUCUUUUCACUUGCAUUCCCUGUCCUUAUCAUCUUAUUAGCGAGUAUACUAGAGCCAAGGGGGGCGAGGGGGCGAGGAGGGGUGCGCGGCGGCGGCGGGUGUCUGGCAACAGUGUCUCAGCAGGAGGAGGAUCACCUGUGUCCUGACGGUUGCUGGGGAUGGUUGCACGCACUCCCGCCCUCCCUGCCCACCAUGUAGCGCGGAGAGGCUCGUGCUACUGACGUGAAAAGGAAACAGGCCGAACAAUGCGCUGUGGAGGUUUACAAGUCGGCUCCGGAGGUUUAGUAAUGGUGGUGGCGGUGGUGGAGGUGGUGUCCCCUUGCGUACCAUGUUGAACAGUAAACAGUAGAAACAGGAAACAGAGAAACAGUAAAGGGGAAAAAGGGUCAAACAAUGCGCUGUGGAGGGUUAGAGGGCUUAGUAAUGGUGGUGGUGGAGGUGUUGCCUCGUCCCUGCGUACCAUGUUGAACAGUAGACACCCCCACAGCUCUCAUUGGAUGCCCCGCUCACCCAUUUUACUCUGAGGACAAUGUUUCCCGCCUCCUCCAACACAGAUUCGCAAGUGUGCAACUUUGACAGCGAGGAAAAUGCCCAGAAGUGGAAGCGACUGUUCCUGAGCUCCCUGCAGAAGGUGCUGAAGCAGGUGCACCCAACUCUGGCGGCCAAGGAGGAUGCUCUGGAGUAUGUUGAGAGCCUGAUCCUGCGGCUGCUGUCCACGCUGUGUGCCAAGCCUGCCCCACACACCGUCCAGGAUGUGGAGGAGAGAGUUCAGCGCACAUUCCCCAACCCCAUUGACCGCUGGGCCAUUGGGGAUGCCCAGGCCGCCAUCGAAAAGGGGCGCAAGAAGUCCCCGCUGGUCCUCCCCGCGGAAAAAGCACAUCCUCUCCUGAAGGAUGUGCUGCAGUCCAAGAUUGACUACCAAGUUACCCUGUACAUAGUUGCGGUCUUGGAGUACAUAUCGGCAGACAUCCUAAAGCUCGCUGGGAACUAUGUCAAAAACAUCAGACACAUUGAAGUCACCCAACAAGACAUCAGAGUAGCAAUGUGUGCUGACAAGGUGCUGAUGGACAUGUUCCAGCAAGAUGAGUACGGGGAGAGCAGCGGCCAGUCAGAGGACCCCAAUGUUGACAUUUCCAUCACCUUUGAUGAACUGGUGAAGGACCUCAUCCAGGAGAAGAAGACCUACAUUAGGGAGCUCAACAUGAUCAUCAAGGUCUUUCGUGACAAGUUGCAGCAGAUCCCGUCGCUCCAAGAGGGUGGCCACCGGGAACUGGAGGUCAUCUUCUCCAACAUCACCGAGAUCUACGACUUCUCCGUCACACUGCUGGGCUCCCUUGAGGACACCAUGGAAGUGACGGAGGAAAACGAGUCUCCUGCCAUCGGUAUCUGCUUUGAGGAGCUGGCGGAGGGCGCCGAAUUCGACGUGUACGCCAAGUAUGCAAGUGACGUGCUGCGACCGGAGUGUGCGGAGACGCUGUCCGAGGUGGUGAGUCGGCCGGAUGUGAGUGACGCUCUGACCAGUGCUGGCCACGGCUUCAAGGAGGCCGUCAAGUACUACCUGCCCAAGCUGCUCCUCGUCCCUGUCUACCAUGUCUUCACCUACUUCAAGGACAUAGAUAUGUUGAUUAGUAACACAGAGUCUGAGGAGGGACGGGAGAGCCUGGAGCAGGUGAAGGGGCUGUUGUGUCCCCUGCAGAGUCAGCUGGAUCGUAACAUUCAGAACUCACACUACGCCCCGUACCUUAAGAGGAAACUAACAGAAAUCACUUCCCGACACAGACGACAAAGCAGGCAACAGACGCUUAUAAAGAUGAAGGAGCUGCAGCGUUCCAUAGACGGCUGGGAGGGCAAAGUCAUCUCACAGUGUUGCAACGAGUUUGUCUUAGAGGGCGACCUGCACAAGCUCACAGCCAUGGGGAAGAAGCCGACCGAGCGCCACGUGUUCCUCUUCGACGGGUUAAUAGUCCUGUGCAAGAGUAACAGCAAGAAGUCCUCGGGCACGGGCCAGGUUGGAUAUAGAUUUAAAGAAAAGUUUCUGAUGAGAAUGGUGGAGAUCCUUGACCGAGAAGACACUGAAGAGGUCAGACAUUCAUUUGAGAUCCGGCCGAGGGACCAGCCCAGUGUGGUGCUGCUGGCCAAAGACACGGACGACAAGAACACCUGGAUGGCCGCUCUCGUCAUGCUCAACACUCGAAGUAUGUUAGAAAGAACCCUAGACAGUAUACUACUAGAUGAAGAGAAGCAGCACCCUCUCCGCCUACCCGACCCCUCCGUGUACCAGUUCGCCAUCGAGGACUCUGAGUCAAACAUUAUCAUCGAAGAGAAGGAGAACUCAGGAACGCCUCUCAUCAAGGGGGCGACGCUGCCAAAGUUAGUGGAACGGCUCACCUACCACAUGUAUGCCGACCCCAUGUUUGUGCGGACCUUCCUCACCACCUACAGGAGUUUUUGCACCCCCAUGGAGCUGCUAGACCUGUUGAUCCAGCGCUUUGACAUCCCUGAGCCUGAGCUGCCGGAGGUGAGCGAGGAGGAGACGCAGGAGGUGAAGAACCAGCAGCUCUCCAUAAACAGAGAGAUCCUGAAGCGCUUCCGAAAGGAGUACUCGCAGCCUGUACAGUUUAGGGUUUUAAAUGUGUUACGUCACUGGGUAGACUAUCACUUCUACGACUUUGAGCGUGACCAGUCCUUGCUUGAGAACCUGACCAACUUCCUGGACAAGGUGAAGGGCAAGUCCAUGAGGAAGUGGGUCGAGUCCAUCACCAAGAUCAUCCAGAGGCGGUGCAACGAAGAGCAGCGGGAGAUCACCUUCAGCCUCAACCGGUCUCCCCCCUCCCCGAAGUGGCACAUCAAGUUUGAGGAGAAGGACUGGGAGGCCAUCCUGCCCAUUGGUGCUGGAGGAACAUCGCCCAGCCCUGACUACGUGCGGCCACUGCUGAUGCUGCACCCCAUUGAGAUCGCGCGACAGCUGACCCUGCUGGAGUUUGACCUGUACCGCGCCGUGAAGCCCUCUGAGCUGGUGGGGACGCCCUGGACCAAGGAGGACAAGGAGAAACGCUCACCAAACUUGCUCAAGCUCAUCUACCACACAAACAAUGUAACAAGGUGGUUCAUGAGGUGCAUCGUGGACACCGACAACUUUGAGGAGCGCGUUGCCGUCAUGUCCAGGAUAAUGGAGAUCAUGGUCAUGUUCCACGACCUCAACAACUUCAGCGGCAUAUUUGAGAUCCAGAGUGCGCUGGGCUCGGCGGCCGUGCACAGAUUAGAGCACACGAAAAUGGAAGUGUGGAAGCGACACCCGCCGGCCCAGCUCAGGGUGUUCGAGGAGGCAGCAGAGAUCAGUGAAAACCACUGUAAAAAGUACCAGGAAAAACUCCGCUCUAUUAACCCUCCCUGCGUUCCAUUCUUCGGAAUGUACCUGACCAACAUCUUGCUCAUCGAAGAGGGCAACCCAGACUUCCUCCCAAGGGCCGCCGAGGGACUCAUCAACUUCUCCAAGAGGCGGAAAGUUGCCGAGAUCACCGGGGAGAUCCAGCAGUACCAGAACCAACCCUACUGCCUGGAGGUGCAGCCACGGAUCAGGCACUUCCUCGAGACGCUGCAGCCCUUCGACUCCGAUGACGAGACCAGGAUAUCCAACUACCUGUACGACCGGUCCAAGGAGAUCGAACCCAAGAACUGCAAGAAGCCGCCCAUCAAGGAGCGUCGGUGGCACAACAGCUACCUCAAGUCCCCUGGCAUCAAGCCCCGCAACAAGGGAAUGGUGCCCAACCCUCUGCCCGGCAUCUUCCUCCCCAGCGAGCGGGGACCCAAGCUGGCGGAGGGGGCCGAGGGGGAUGACACGAUGACAUCCUCGACUCCGAACACCCCCAGCAGCCCCAGCCUCCCCCAGCACCAGCCAGCGCAUAUUUCCGUGGAUCAGUCGAUCUUUGCCACGGUGGAGCUUGGGACCGGAAAUAUGAUGUCCACUGACUAUAGAGGGAUGAUGUCAGGGUUCUCCAGCACCUUCCUGCCUCCCCAAGCCCCUCCCCCGCCCCCUACAUCAUCCCAGGCGCCCCAGGCACCCCCACCUCCACUGCCACCUCGGGUCAGGAAGAGAGAGCCCUCAGUGGGAGACACCUCACCCAAGGUGAAGCAGGCCCCCGACGCCCCGGAGUUACCCCCUCGGGAUGUCUCUCCGCCCCCCAUCCCGCCCCGGAUAGCCACCAUGCCCCGCAUGCACACCUCUAUGGGACUGCAGCACGGCCCUGACCACCACCACCAUACAACGCUCCACCACUCCCUCCACCCGCUCCCCCACCACCACCACGCUCAUCAUCACCGCCUCAUUCACCCCGCCCUCCCCCCCCAACAGUACCAUCUGGACCCCCUGCCCCACCGCCGCAACAACUCAGUGGACCUGUCCUCCCCAACGCCCAUGGCAAGGAGACACACCAACGGCCCUCAUGUUGGUUUGCCCGGAAACAGUGACGUGGGUGAUCAGCCCCCACCCCCGCCGCCCCGACUGUCAACCUUCUUCACCUCCGACCCGCACCACUCAUAGGGCCCACCAGCCAGCGCUUCUCUCCUAGUUAUCCUCACCUUUGUACUAGAUAUGAUAGUUGGCUGCUAAGGAGCCCAUCAUAUACAUACCUAAGCUCUUGUUUAUCAAAGUUCCACAGUGUGUUUUGAGCUUUUGUAUUUUAGUAUGUGGCUGAAAAAUACCACUUUUAUUUUCUUUCAUUUUUGUUCUCUUAAGAAGACUGAAAGAGUAAGGUAAAAACAGCAACACUCCGAAUAUGAUUUGAAAAAUGGAUUCUGAAACGUUCCCAGUCAGUGAUUGAAAAGAAAUGCAGUUUGCUUCACAAGAAAAUGUGUUCCUCUUGAAACGUCUCUUUAUUAUGACACUUGAGUUGUUUAAGAAGGCGUAUUUGGCCAGCAAGGAAUGCAAGUGAUGUGGAAGAACUGGGGAGAAAAUGUUUGUGUAAGAGUAGAGUGGACAGAAGCAGGGUUGUGGGGUCGGGGGGAAGAACUUCUGACUUCAACUCAAGACUCGUGACAACUAUACAACUCUCACUCUGACUAUGAACCAGAUGUCAAUGCAAGACACUCAACACACACACACACACACACACACACACACACAC